AUGGACACCAACCAAUCCAGCUCGGCCCCGCGUCCCCCAGUCAUCAUUCACUGUCCAGGUGGUGAGACCCUGUAUGCAAUGAGCAAAGCGGAAUGUGGUCAAGCCGCCUUUGAAGAUGCGUUCCGUCACACAAACCUUGAGCGUGAAUAUGGCAUAACCAGAGCUGAGCGUGCUUCUGGUGGUCCCAACACCUCACCUGGCACUGGCAUCAACGCGCUCAAAUCUCUCGCGGGCCAACUCCUGCAUGUCCUCAAUGACAUGGAGAAGCUUCAGAAACAGAAAGAGGAGAUCAUGAAACAGAUCGAGUCCCGCGGUGGGAUCAUUGAGGAGCCAAAGAAGUAG